AUGUUUUCAUUUGAUGAGGCCCUUCUGCCCAAGAUCACCACUAGGAAAGCUUUGAUCCUGGUUGAUUUUCAAAACGAUUUCCUCGAUCCUGGUGGAGCCCUGCCAUCUUCGGAUCCUGACGGCUUCAUAAGUCGCGCCGUUGAACUAGUGACCAAAUUUCGUGGAAACGGCGAUGUCGUUUGGCUUCAGUCGCAGUUCGAAAGCCCGGUACUAGUGGACCACGAGACUAUCAUCGUCUCCGACGCACCGCCGGUGACUAGGCGCCAAGGACGUCGACGUCGAGGACGAAAUGCUCCUCCUCCCGUGCCUGCGAACCCAGAUGAGCCAUUGGAUCCCGAAGCCUUCCUGAGCCACCCAGAAGCUACCUGUGUAAAGCCGUCAUCAUGGGGAGCUCAGAUGAGCCCAGCCGUUGAAAUUGCCGUGCAAAAGGGAGACACUGUUCUGUCCAAGUCUCAAUACUCUGGUUUCAAAGAAACCCAACUCCUUUUGUUACUCCGGGCGAAGAUGGUCAUGGAUGUCUACAUAUGCGGGUCGCUGGUCAAUGUAGGAGUCCACGCCACUGCAUUGGACGCCGCGGGCCACGGAUUGUCAAUCACCAUCGUCGAAGACUGUUGUGGCUACCGUAACGAACAGCGACAGUUCGCGGCAGUGCGGAGUCUGAUUGAACUCACAGGUUGUGAGAUUGCGUCUUCGGCAGAAAUACUGGAAAGUCUUCAGCCUGAGAGAGCCACAAAAUCUUCCGUUUCAGCAGGUAAAAGGCCAGGCAAUCGCAUUGCGGACACUGAUUCCCCUGACCUUGUGCGACACAUGGCGGGCCUUCAGCUUGAUGCUGAAUCCCCAGCGGCUGCCAAGACUGCCAAUGGCGCAGCCCCGUCACCAGCCAGCAAGGCUGAUUCGCAGUCUGCUCAGCUGAAACAAGAGGAGACCAUUGGGGAAGAAGGAAAACCGAUGCCCACUGAUGUGGAACCUCGCAAAUCAGUUGAAAAAGAGGGUAGCCUUGGUUUAUCGAUCGCAGGAGCCACUAACAAAGACCGAGAGGCUUCAUCCAUCACCAACUCUAAACUACAUCCAACGACAAUCGUACCCAGCCCACCACCAGGCACUUCCAACAAGGAUGAGGAACAAGUCCUGCCAAAAAGCUUAUGCGAAGGCGACACGGAGGUCAUUGAAAAUGUCCUACCUGAAGGCCUAGCUAAAGACGCUUAUGAAAAACUACGCGAUGAAGUGCAGUGGCAACGAAUGUUGCACCAAGGCAGCGAGGUUCCCCGCCUGGUAGCCGUGCAAGGCGAGAUAUCAGAUGAUGGAAGCAUGCCAGUUUACCGCCAUCCAUCAGACGAAUCACCACCACUGCUGCCUUUUUCUCCUACCGUCCUGGCCAUCAAAGCCGAAACCGAGAAACAUCUAGGGCACGCUCUAAACCACGUGCUAAUACAAUUCUACCGCGACGGCAAGGACUACAUAUCUGAACACAGUGACAAGACCAUAGACAUUGUCAAGGGCUCGUACAUUGCCAAUGUCAGUCUAGGCGCAGAGCGAACCAUGGUAUUCAGAACAAAGAGGCACGGUAAGGACCCGUCUCACAAUGAUACUGCCUGCCCGGAAGACACAGGACGCCAGGUUCAACGCACACAGCUGCCUCAUAAUUCUCUAUGCCGCAUGGGUCUGAAGACAAAUAUGAAAUGGCUUCACUCUAUUCGUCAAGACAAGCGCGCGGCGAGGGACAAGUCACCAGAGGAACUAGCGUUCAAAGGUGGCAGGAUCUCUUUGACGUUCCGACAAAUCGGUACUUUCUUGGAUAAAAAUGAAACCAUCAUCUGGGGCCAGGGCGCCACUGGAAAGUCGCGCGAGACAGCUCAACCAGUCAUCAAUGGGCAAAGCCCCGAGGCUGUUGAAAUGUUAAAGGCCUUCGGUGCAGAGAACAACUCUUCGAUGUUCGACUGGGAAGCCCGGUACGGCAAAGGCUUCGACGUCCUACAUAUCAGCAACUCCCCGCGCUUCUUUGCCUCUGCUGAUACGAUAUGUGACAUGCGCGUUCAUCUCAUGCUCGCUGAGUACGGCAUCAACUUUGCUAAAGGCAGUAUGGCGCCAGAUCCAAGGAGCAGUGACACGGCACAAACACCAAUUCGCUUUGUCGACAAUGAUGCAAGCAAGUCUAUUGUGGACGGAGACGUAGCCAUCAUGCUCUAUCUGAAUGCCGUGUAUGGCCCCGACAAGCAGAGUGAAGCCGACGUGGCCGUCCGGUUUACAAGAUUUCAACGAGCGCUGACGCUAGGCGAGUUGUGGAGGCAACACGAUAAAUCUGCGCCUCUGAGCAAGACCCUCCGCCGAGAACUAGCUACAUGGGAUGAAGUCGCCGCGAACCCCCCUGAAAGGGGGACGACUGACUCGACGCCUGGUAUAGCCGAUUUUGCGGCGUGGCCUGUCCUGCAUGCUAUCGUGGAACAGUAUGGUGUGGAGGUGCUCGAUGGAAUAGGGACUUUGAGGGGAUACUAUGAGCGGAUUGGGAAGAGCGACGCAACGAAGAAGGUGAUUGGGAAGUGA